GAAAAUCAAGGGACCGUCCCAGCUAAGCUGAGCCUUUACUUAAGACUUGGGACUUCACAAAUCCGCCUCUCGCUGUGCAUCACCACCGACCCUCCUCCUCUCGUCCUCUGUGAAUCUUCUUCACUCUUUCUUCAAGCUCGUCCAAUUUCCUAGGUCAACCGGGACUUGGAUAGUUCAAAGCAUUGACAAUGUCUUCAUCAUAUCUCCCAGCAACUACUGAUUCGAUUGCUCAGGCUUUAGAGGCCAAAGCCCCAUCUGAAGCCAUUUCUAUUCUUUAUCGCAUUCUUGAAAACCCAUCUUCUUCUUCUGAAGCUCUACGGAUAAAGGAACAGGCUAUCACAAAUCUGACGGAUCUUCUUAGACAAGAAAAUCGGGCAGAGGAUCUUCGUAACCUUCUCACCCAGUUGAGGCCCUUCUUUAACUUGAUUCCCAAGGCGAAAACUGCAAAAAUUGUUCGUAGUAUUAUUGAUGCAGUAGCUAAAGUACCAGGCACAUCUGAUCUUCAGAUUUCCCUUUGCAAAGAAAUGGUGCAGUGGACCCGUGCUGAAAAGCGAACUUUCCUUCGACAGCGAGUGGAGGCCAGACUUGCAUCUCUUUUGAUGGAAAGCAAGGAGUAUUCAGAAGCACUAAGUCUCCUAUCAGGCUUGAUCAAGGAAGUGAGAAGGCUAGAUGACAAGCUUCUCCUUGUGGACAUAGAUUUGUUGGAGAGUAAGCUCCAUUUCUCUUUGAGAAAUCUCCCUAAAGCCAAGGCUUCACUCACUGCUGCAAGAACAGCAGCCAAUUCCAUAUAUGUGCCUCCAGCUCAGCAGGGAACUAUCGAUUUGCAGAGUGGGAUUCUUCAUGCUGAAGAAAAGGACUACAAGACUGCUUAUAGUUAUUUCUUUGAAGCAUUUGAAGCCUUCAAUGCUCUUGAAGAUCCUCGGGCUGUAUUUAGCCUCAAGUAUAUGUUGCUGUGCAAAAUCAUGGUGAGCCAGGCUGAUGAUGUGGCAGGUAUAAUUUCAUCAAAAGCAGGACUACAGUAUGUGGGGCCCGAGCUGGAUGCUAUGAAAGCAGUUGCUGAUGCUCACUCGAAGCGCUCUUUAAAGCUCUUUGAAACUGCUCUUCGGGAUUUUAAGGCUCAGCUGGAGGAAGAUCCCAUUGUCCACAGGCACCUUUCUUCCCUGUAUGACACUCUGUUGGAACAGAAUCUCUGCAGGUUGAUUGAGCCUUUCUCAAGGGUGGAGAUUGCUCAUAUCGCAGAACUCAUUGAACUGCCAAUCGAUCAUGUGGAAAAGAAACUGUCUCAGAUGAUUCUGGACAAGAAGUUUGCAGGGACUUUAGAUCAGGGUGCUGGAUGCCUCAUCAUUUUCGACGAUCCCAAGACGGAUGCAAUCUACCCUGCAACGUUGGAAACCAUAUCUAACAUCGGCAAGGUUGUGGACAGCCUCUACGUGAGGUCUGCGAAGAUAAUGGCAUGAGGUUGUAGGUUCAAGGAGGCAGUUUACUGCCUUCACUUCAUUUCUUUUGGUUCUAUUCUGAGUCGACACUGUAAUGCCAGCAGUAAUCCUUUCAUUUUAUGGUUUUAGACUAAAUUGUACUGUGAGUUUGGUAGGUUCUACCAUUUGGAGAAUUUUCAUUUUACACAAAGGAACUUGUAUUGAGCCUACUCAGGUUGCUUGGAUUUUACUUUAGAGGUUAACUUUGUUUAGGAAA